AUGAUAGUUCAGGUUGUUACUCUAGAAGGAAAUGUAUUAUGGUUAGACCUCAAUCAUAAUGCAUCAGUUAAGGACUUAAAGCUUAAAGUUCAAGAUAAAUGGUCAACUGAUGAAAAUAUUGAAAUUUAUUAUCAAAAAUCAAAAUUAGACGAUAAUUCUUUAGUUUGCGUUUGUAUUGGCAGUCAAAGUGCUGUGUUCACGGUUUUCCAGCCUGGUAAUUACUCACAAGUUGUAAAUAGAGCUAAAGCCGAAACAUUAGAUUAUGCGCUAGGAAUGACAACUAAUCUUAUAAACAAAUUCAUUCUAAUAUGUUCUAAAUCAGCAAUGGUAGAAAAAGUUAUUGCAUAUCUUCAACUUUGUGAUCAAGAAGCUGGAGAAACAAUUAUAAAGGAACUUUUUACAAAAUUAAGAAGGAAAAUGAUAACAGUAGAAGAACUACCCCUUGCGUUCAUAUCAGAAAUCGAAUCGAAUAUUGAAUUGCUUAUUCCAGAUGAUGAUGAGAGCUUUGUAUUUGAAAAUAGUGGAAACACAUGA